AUGUCUCUGAAGCUGGAAAUCGAGACAUGGGUUUCGGCCCUCGCACGAUACGACAAUAACGAGUUUGACGAUUCCCUCGCCGAUUUCGAAAAGAUAUGCGAUACCAGCAAGAUUCUCUUCAACAUGGGUGUCAUCCAUGCCACCCUCGGCGAGCACGAAAAGGCUGUCGAAUGCUACCAGCGAGCUAUUCGUCUCGAUCAGUAUCUCGCUGUUGCUUAUUUCCAACAGGGCGUCUCCAAUUUCCUCCUCGGCGACUUCGAGGAAGCCCUCGCAAACUUCAACGAUACCCUUCUCUACCUCCGAGGCAAUACCAUGAUUGAUUAUGCGCAAUUGGGCCUACUCUUCAAGCUCUACUCGUGCGAAGUACUCUUCAACCGUGGUCUCUGCUACAUCUACCUCCAGCAAAAGGAGGCUGGUAUGCAAGACCUGACAUUUGCAGUCAAGGAGAAGGUUGUUGAAGAUCACGAUGUGAUCGAUGAUGCUAUUCGUGAGGAAGCCGAUGGAUAUACAGUUUUCUCGAUCCCCGUAGGCGUUGUAUACCGGCCGAACGAAGCCAAGGUCCGAAACCUCAAGACCAAAGACUACCUCGGCAAGGCCCGAUUAGUCGCUGCAUCGGACCGUUCUAACGCCUUUACCGGCUUCGCUGGAUCAGAAAUGAAAAUCGCUGCCAAAACCGAGGUUAAAGAUGACCGACCCGCUGACAACAUUUCGUUUGCUGCCACCAACUUGGUCAAGCCCGGCAUCCAAUCUCGACGACAACAAUCAGAGCCACCAAGCAGCAGCCGCAAUGCUUCCCCAGACGACGGACGACCGAAUGUCACACGGUCCGCGUCAAGUGCGCUGCCUUCUCGGGGUUUCUCGCAAAGAGAACCCCUCCCACUGCAGCGCCGACCGACCAAGACAAUCGAAGAAGAUGCUUACCCCAACAGCGAUGUGUACGACAUGUACGCAGGCCGUAAGGAGAGAGACUCCAGAGGCGGCAGCAGACAAGAACCCCGUCGCAGGCCGCCGCCGCGAUAUGAAGACGAGGAGGACGCGCCAUCAGAUUAUGACGAUGGCUCCUUGAAUGGUGCCGAAUUUGAAAUGGUCUCCAACAACCGACGCGGCCCGGGCUCCAUGUCCAACGGCUCACGCAACACAUCAAGACGGCCCGACGUUCGCAAGUUUCGAGUCAAGGUCCACGCCGAAGAUGUCCGCUACAUCAUGAUUGGCGGUGCUGUCGAGUUUCCCGACUUUGUCGAUCGGAUCAGAGACAAGUUUGGCAUGCGCCGCCGCUUCAAGAUCAAGAUCAAGGAUGAAGACAUGCCUGAUGGCGACAUGAUCACUAUGGGCGACCAAGAUGAUUUGGAAAUGGCUAUGAUGAGUGCCAAGGAGGCCGCAAAGAGGCAAAGACAAGAUAUUGGAAAGAUAGAAGUUUGGAUUUUCGAGGUUUAG